AUGUCACUCAAAGACCAAACCGUCCUCAUCACAGGGGCUUCUAUGGGCAUCGGCGCAGCCAUCGCGCGUCGACUAGCCGCUGAGAGCGCAACACUCAUCCUCUUUGCACGCUCAGGCGACAAGCUAAAGGCCCUCUCCGACGAACUCAAGAAAGAACACAAAGACUUGAAGAUCUUCACAUCAGUCGUCGACGUACAAGACCACACAUCCCUCAGCACCGCCGUCUCAAACAUCGUCCACCAGGUCUCCCACAUCGAUGUUCUAAUCAACAACGCCGGUUUAGCUAUAGGUGCGCCGUCACGCUUCCCUGAUCUGAAGAUCCAAGAUAUCAUCACAAUGACGAACACAAAUAUCAAUGGGUACAUGUUCGCUGCUUAUACGGUUUUGAACGAGGGAAAGAUGAAGGAGCGUGGCAAGGGAACGAUUCUGAACGUGACUAGCACCACGGGGCUAGAGGUACCGCCUUUCCCUGGCGAGGCAGUGUACCAUGCUAGCAAAGCAUGCCAGGAGGCUUUCACCAAUGUGCUGAGGACGGAGUUAGUGGGUACUGAUAUCAAAGUUCUCGCGUUACGGCCCGGUGUUGUAGCAACAAACUUCCAUGAACAACGUGUUGGAUACGAAAAGCAGAGCUACGAUACUUUCAUGUCUGGCUUCGAGCCUCUUGUUGCGCCGGAUGUUGCGGAAGCUGCAGCUUUCAUGCUGGGUCAGAAGGAUAGGGUUAGUGUGAAGGCGUUGGAUGUCGUGCCUACUGCGCAGAGAAGUUUGCAGGUUUUUGAUCGGGAGUGGAAUAGUAGGGAUGAGGGGAGGAAAGAGGAGAAGAUGUGA